AUGGAGAACCUAUCGACGGCGGUCGGCACCGUUGGCAAGCUCAAGCCGGAAAUUCGCCUGGCCCAGGCCAUCUCCGAGUUCAGCGUCUGCCUGAGCGGCGACAAGGACAGACACGCCAAGUUCAAGAACCUGCAGACGCGGCGUCCGCCCAACGCCCUCGAGGUCGUCCAGCUCACCGAGGAGAUCAACCGCGACGGCGCCCGCCGCCACAAGUCCUGGCGGCCCUACGCCACCCGUCUGGUCGCCAUCCUCGACCGCAUCCGCCAGUUUGCCCCCAUUGGCGAUGUUUUGAUCGGCGGCUCACAGAAUCUCCUCGCAUGCGGUGUCUGGGCCGCCGUGCGGAUGGCUUUAGAGGUUUCCCUGAGUUUCCUGUCGUACUUUGACAAGGUCUCAAACUUGCUCCUGAGGAUUGGACGCUCCGUUUCACUGCACCAGGACUUCGCCAUGCUCUUCCCCCAAUGUCGACAAGUCCAGGGCUACAUGUGCGAGUAUAUCAUUGUUAUUGUCGACAUCAGUAAGAAGAUCGUCACCCACGCUAGGAAAUCGCUCGCCUCGCAAGUUGCCUCCUCGUUCGGCUCCUCGUUCGAUUCCGUCUUCAAGCCGUUGGAGUCGGACCUCGCCGAGUGGGGUCGGCUAAUCGAGAAGCGCACAGCCAUGCUCGUGGCCAAGUCGACUCUUCAAGAGCAUUCGUCCAGUCUGGAACGGCUCAAUAGACUGCAAAUAGCAACGUCACGAGAAGCUGCAAAGCGCAACCGGGAAGCUCGCAAACAUCGUAUCCUCGAAUCCCUAUGCCCGGACCAAAAAGAGUUCGACUCCAUAUGGCGUCGAGAACGAAAGAAAGGGACCUCAAACUGGAUACUCAAAGACCGAGAGUAUCAAAAAUGGCUAAAGUGCCUCGUUUCUUCUGUCAUUUGGCUGCAGGGCAACCUGGGGUCUGGAAAGACCAUCACCAUGGCUUCUGCCAUUGCUGACCUAGUCCUGACCAGAGGGGACCCGAGCUCCAGCUCCGCCCCUCCUAAACAAAGGCCCCGGACUGUCUCGUACUUUUUCUGCAAAAGCAAUAACCAAAAGACGCUGAACGUGGAUAGCAUACUCGGAAGCAUUGCCUACCAGGUCCUGAGUAGUCCGGUCCUCGCAUCAACAAUCGAACAGUUUUUAGAUCGCAGCGACGGCUCUCCCACCACAGCCAACCCCGAAGCCUACACUCAACUCAUCUUGGACAUUACCCCGCCGGACUGGGAGGGAGUGUUUGUGCUGGAUGGUCUCGAUGAAGCUCCGCACGAGGAGAUGGACGAGCUGUUCAUACAGAUGAAGCGUCUCAUGAAUGCUAGGCACAUUCGGCUAUUCUGUUCCUCUCGACCAACGUCGAGAUGCAAGACAAUCGCGGAAUCCACGAUGCAGAUCAACGCGACGCUUUCCAUGGAGCAUGCAGACCGCUCUGGUGAUAUCCUCAGUUUUAUAUCGGCAGAGGUGGAGCGGUGGAAGUUGAUCAGGCCGUUCUCCGCUGAACUGGAACAGCUGAUCACAAGGCAGCUACUGGUGGGCUGCCAGGGCAUGUUCCUGUGGCUGUCCCUCCAGAUCGAAGCCAUCUGCCCAAAAUACACCCAAGAGCUUCGGUCCGAGGCCGACAUAUUAAACAUUUUGAACAACCUACCCCGCAACCUCCCAGAGGCCUUCGACCAGGCCCUCCUGAGGAUUCCGGACCACAGAUACGAUUCCAGGAUCUUCCAACUUGUCGCCGCUGCCGACCCGUGCCUAUCCCUAGACGAGUUACGUGUGGCCGUCAAUGUUGAGCCCGGAAUCUUAGCAUGGAACUCCUUGAGCCUUGUCGGUUCCGGGCACACCCUAGCAUCGCAGUACGGCGGCAGUCUUCUCGACAUCGACGAGGAGGAUCUCGGCGUCAGGUUCAUCCACCACAGCGCUCUCCUGCACCUUGCCGGCCGGCCCGCGAUCCGGAGCGCGGCGCCCUUUCACUUUGACUUCCAGGAGUCCGAGGUCACUUUAGGUGCGGUUUGCGUGACGUAUCUAAACUACAGCGUCUUCGAGAACCGGGUCUCGACGGCGCAAAAGGUCUCCUUCGCCCGGGUCCCCCAAAUGGUGGCCGAGUCGGCCAUGCCAUCUAACAGGCUCUCUCAGAAGGUCAUGAGAAUUUUGUCCAAGGAUAAACACUCCAGCGUCUCCAAGAUGGACCUGGAGCGUCUGGCGUCCGACUUGCUAGCACACAGAUUUAAAGUCCACGACGACGUACAGCUCUUUCUGCCCUACGCCAAAGCAUACUGGCUGAUCAUGUCCAAGAGCUUCUCCGAGGCAAUUGAUCCCGCUGUGUACUCUCUCUGGAAGGUAUUACUUACCGGAUCCGUACCAUCCAUUGCAGGCUCCCUCCCUUGGGAUGCUGGCUCCGCCGCCUCCACUGCAGAAUGGGCCAUUCACAACAACCACGGCUUUCUCUUCAGACAUCUCCUACUCAACUCAGACACGGAUAGCUUAAGCGAGGUCCUAUCGACAACAGUUCGCCUAGCCGAGGCAGACGAAAGGAACCAGGCCAUGGCCGCAAACGGCCUGGAUGUUGAGGGAGGUCGUCAAGAGUUCAACCUCUCUGGAGAAGCUCUGGGCCCACUAGUGCCGGUCUACCUCAUGAAUUGCAUGCACGCUCUGCGCAGUAUCGAUCAGUCUGCUGUCCUGCGAUUCAUCGGUCUAGGCAGUCUUCCUUUUGGUACGGGUGACCGCUACAACCAGUUCCUGGACCCGAUGGCGGCCGAAUUCAGCUUGAACGCCAUUGCUCGCUCGGCCAUCACGCACAUAUUUACUGACACAUGCCGUUCGCCACCCAGAACAUGCAUGUGUGAUCCUAUCAUUUACUUUACGAACUACCUCCCUCACAUCGAUGCCUCGUUGGAUAACGGGAUGACUCUCUUGCAAACGGCCAUCCAGCAAAAUCACGAGCGGCUGGCAUGGACUCUGCUGACCGAGCACGGCGCACAUCCCAAUAGUCCCAGCGUGCCCGGCUUCCCCAGCCCACUGCAGCUCUGUCUACAACAGGACAGGGGCUUCGUGGAAUUGGCCGGCCUGCUCGUUGACCUGGGGGCCGAUGUACUAGCCAACCCCGACAACGACAUCCCGCCCUUUUUUCUCGCCAUCGGCAUUCCCGACUACAAGGUCUUCAACAUGCUCCGCGGCGCAGGGGCCUACGACAGGACGCGGCGCUACGGCCCCAGGAACGAGACGGCGUUUCAGUUCGCCUGCCGGAAGUACUGCGAGCCCCGGCUCCGGGACUACCCCUACAUCAUCCUGAACACGCUGCUCAAGGACGGCGCCGAGGUGAACUUGCGUGACGGCAGCGGCGACACACCACUCUUGAUGGCGUCCAAAAGCGGCACCACCGCCCUGGCCACGAGGCUUCUCGAGCUGGCCGCGGACCCCAACGUCGCGGACGACCACGGCGCAACGCCGCUCCACUACGCCCCCGGAGAUGUCGCCGCUGUGCUCAUAGAAUACGGCGCACGCCCGGACGCCGUCUGCGAAGGCGUGACGCCUCUCAUGGCUGCCGCCCACCAGGGAGACGUCGAGGCCGUCAAGGCUCUGCUGCGAAGCGGAAGCGACACUGACCACUGGCUGGAAGCGUCACCCGGGGCGGCGGGGAGCGAGGUCCUCAGCUGGCGGGUGCACAUGGCGAAAAACCGGUCGGAGAAGAACGCGCUAAUGACCACGAGCCCCAAGGCCGCACCGGGAGACACAGCGCUGUCCUUAGUGAUGCGCCGGCUGGAGAUUCUCAGCGAGGAGAUGACGGGCGCGGAGGAGAACCGGGGGCGGGAGAUGUUGCUAAACGGCUUCAAGAAAGAAGAGGUGGAGCGUGUUAGGCACCGCUGGGCCACUUUUGGGACGAUUGCGGCCGAUCUCAUAGACGCUGGGGGGAAUACUGUCGCCGCCUUAAAGAGCGAUGGCGCUUUGCAGGAGCUGUAUGGGAGUGUCCCAUUCUGGCAGCCCAUCUUGAGCAGGCUGCGCGGACAGCAUCGGGAUGAACACGGAUCGUCAACCAUCGCCGACGACACCAACGACGAGGGGGCACGUGCGAACACACUGUCCAAGGCGUGCUCCAUCGCGCUCGUGGCCACGGUCACACGCUCGUCCUUCAUGAACAAGCUCUUGAUCCAGGCCUUGGUCAUCAUCCUGCGGACCAUCGGCCACGACCUGGGCAUUCCCGAGUCUAUCCUAGGCACUACGUUCCCGCCGGGUAAAGCUAAGAACUCUACUUUCAGUAUCUAUAUCGCUGGCGCCCCGCUGGGUAGUAUCUUUAGAAACCUAAUCACUGGCUUCAUCACCCAGUACACCGGCUGGAAGUGGUUGUUUAUUGUUAUAACCAGCCGGGCCGGCGCCAUGGUGGUCGCCGGUUUCUUCGUUAUCCCACCGCCACCGUCUCCCCCGGAGCUGCCGAUCCGGGCCCGGUCAACCCACUCCAAGCCGUCCGUCGACUGGAUCGGCGGCCUGCUCGUCACCGUCAGCCUGCUGGCCCUACUGCUGGCCCUGACUGAUGGUAACAUCGUGGGGUUGGCGACGCUGUGGAUCCCUAUGCUUAUCGUCGUGUUGAUCGUCAUCCUUACCGGUUUCGUCUUUCUGAUCGGCCACACUAUCGGCCUGGCUAUAUCCACUGCUAUCCAGACCGUCAUCAUAGCCCGUGAGAGCUCCAAGGUGGUUGGCCGGGUUGGCGGCGAGGAGGCUGUGAUGACCGACGAGGAGAACGCGGUCGAGAGGCGGCGGUCUCACAGCUCACCGCCAGCCGCCAUGAGGUUCGUGUGGAUAACAGCGCUCUUGGCGAGCUCUCUCGUCGGGGCGUCUCUUGCCGCCGACUAUUCCCAGGAAGACAUCGACUCGGGCAAGGUGCUCGCGGAACUCAGCAAGACGGCCUACGCCAAUGCCAUGGCUAGGCUAUCCGCUGAGACGUCGACGUCGGGCUGCACCAAAGAUAACGUCCACGUCCGCAGGGAAUGGAGAAAGAUUCCCGGUGCCGAGAGAAUUGCGUUCCGCGAGGCAAUCGAGUGCCUUAUGCGGACGGAGUCGGUGUAUGGUUAUGUGGACGGCGCAAAGUCUGCCUUUGAUGACUUUGGCGUGCUGCACUACCAUUUGACCCCCUACGUACAUCUCACGAUACUACGAACCUUCCCCUACUGGGAGUGGGGUCUCGACGCCCACAACAUGUCCGCGUCUCCUCUCUUCGACGGCUCCGAGACGUCGCUCGGCGGCGAUGGCGAGUUCAUCCCCGGCCACCCCCCGCCCUUUCCCGGCGUCCCUGCAGGCUCCGGUGGCGGCUGCGUGUCCGGCUUCUUGUCCGACUUCUCGGUCAACCUUGGCCCGUCAGGAUGGCCUGAUCCCCUGAAGCACAACCCACGGUGCUUGAAGCGGGAUCUGAACACCGGCAUCUGCGCGCUGUGGGCCAGCCUGCGCAACACUACCGAUGUCAUUAUCGACGCGCCGAACAUCGAGGCCUUUCAGGCGCUGCUGCAGGGCGACAAACGGUACCCGCCAGCAGCACCGCUGGGGAUAGGAGUGCACGGUGGGGGGCAUUUCGCCAUCAGCGGUGAUCCGGGUGGUGACUUUUACUGGUCGCCGCUGGAGCCUGGUUUUUAUCUGCACCACGGGCAGAUUGACCGGCUGUACUUUGUAUGGCAGAACCUGGACUGGGAGAAUAGACAGGGCAUCUUCGGCACGGGCACGAUGAACAACUUUCCUCCGAGCCGGGACAUGACACUCGACGACGUGAUGGACAUCUCGCCGCUCAACGUGCCGAGGCCGUUGCAGGAGCUGAUUGACACGAUCGGGGGGUCACCUUUUUGCUUUGUGUACGAGUAG